AUGGAAACUAAAGCUAUUAAAAAGUUUGGAACUUGGUCUAGCGGGAAUGCUGACAUUGAUAAGAUUAUCCAAGAAUCUCAGAUAAAUAAUCCUGCAUAUAAUCUACGGUGGAUGCCUUAUGAUAAUUUUCAUGACACCAAACACAUAGAUGAUAAUAAAUAUUACACUUUGCAUUCGGCUAAAUUGUUAGACAAACGGGGUUGUGAAUAUGAACAUUAUGGUGUUGUUACUUUAAAGGAAUUAAAAGAUUAUAGAUAUGAUAUUUUGGAAUUUUUUAAAAUGAUUAAGAAAGUGAUUGACGACGAUAGUUUAUGCUUCAUUAAAUUUUUUGGAAUUUCAAAAAAUCCUUCUACGCAAAACUACAUUAUUGUUAUGGAAUCACACGAUGGUAUCUUUCAUAGUUAUUUAUCUGAUAUCUUUCUAAAUAUUAUGUGGUGUUCAAAAAUAGAGAUGCUACAUCAAGUGAUAGAUGGUCUUAAAACUUUACAUGAAAAUAACUUAGUUCAUUGUGAUUUAAAUAGUAGAAAUAUUCCGAUGAAACAUCUUGACCCAUUUUCACGUAAAUUAUUUGCAGCGAUGGACCCAGAAUUUUUCAAUGCUGAUCUAAAAAGAAACGGAAUGAAUAAAUCUCAUAAACAAAAAUUACUUCGAUCUUUAUAUAAAUUUCAUCCUGAAUCAUGUUAUGUUAGUAGAAACAUUUAUACUCUUUUUGAAUUGCAAGAUUCAUUAGAAGAUAUAAAAUCAGGAAAAUAUCCUAAUUUAUGUUUAAAACCAAUCACAUAA